CCGACGACGCGCGCGCACUCGCGAUGUUCAAGACGAAAGCCCCCGCGCCGAAGACGGCGGUGAAGAAAUCCGCGCCGGCGAAGAAGGCGCCGGCGAAGAAGGCGCCGGCGAAGAAGGUCGCGGCGAAGAAGGCGCCCGUUCGCAAGGCGGGCGACGACGAGCUCUGGCGUCCGGGUGCCGUGCGACCGGCGUGGUUGGAUGGCUCUCUCCCGGGUGACCGUGGAUUCGAUCCGUUCAACUUGUCCAAGCCGAUUGAAUACGUUCAAUUCGAUCUUGACGCUCUCGAUGGCUCCGCCGCGACGAACCCGGCGGGUCGGGUGAUCGGUAAGCUCAAGAAGACCGACAACAAGCCGAAGGCGCGCGCGAUCGUGCCGUACGACGAGUCCUUCGACAUCAUGCGCUUCCGCGAGUGCGAACUCUUGCACUCUCGCUGGGCCAUGCUCGGCUUGGUCGGCGCCACCGCCGCGGAAGCCGCCACGGGUAUCUCCUGGGCCGACGCCGGUAAGGUUGAACUUGAACAACCGCAAUACCUCGGCUUCCCGCUCCCGGGCUUGUCCGUCGCCUCCUUGACGGCGAUUGAAGUGCUCGCGAUGGGUUACCUCGAAGUCGCCCGCUCGGCGGAGCUCGACCAAAACAAGCGCAUGUACCCGGGCGGCGCGUUCGACCCGCUCGGCUACGUCGCCAACGCCGACGCCGAGGAGGAAUUCCGCCUCAAGACGGCUGAACUCAAGCACGGUCGCUUGGCAAUGGUGGGCAUGUUGAUCAUCUCCAUCGAAGCCGCGGCCGGCCACGGCGUGCUUCCGUAAGCGAGCGAUGUGAGCUGUUGAACAUCGAAGCGCGCGACGAUUCAAAUCCGCCGAAACUCGCGAGGGUCGACGCCGAUCGCGACGCCGCGCGCGUCAAUUAGCGAAUCAUCAUCAUUUACCUUAGCACCUUCGUCAUGUAUCGCAGGAAGACGCACGAUUAA